AUGCCUUUUCUCCUGCCGACAGAAUGCCUUACUUGCAUCUUUGCAGAAUUAGAAACCAAUAAAUCGUCAAUAUACUCGUGCAUAAGAGUAAGCAGAGAAUGGUGUAUUGCUGCUACUCCUUUUCUAUGGAAGAACCCAUUCUGUUUGACGAGUAAAGAUCGAUCAGCUCCAUCUACGAUCAAAAAAAACAUGCCCAUCGAUGCUUACUUGCCCUUUCUCUCUGAAUCUGCAAAAGCUCGAUUGAGAUUAAAUAACGUCCCUACUGGACUCGAAUCCUCGAUUUUACCAAUCUUCAACUAUGCAUCAUAUUUACGAGUAUUAGAUAUGGAUGAAUUCUAUGACGAAAUAACUAAAUGGAUCGCUAAUAAAAGACUUGCGCAGGCAACUCAAUUCGAUACAACCGACAAUAUAUCAUAUACGAUAUCACAACAGGCAGCGCCAGAAGACGGUUUUAUCGACUAUUUAUCCGACAUUGACGACGAUGACGACGAAAUACAAAAAAUUCUCAUAGCGCAAGAACUACUCUUUCUAUUCUCGGACUCGUCUCCUAAAUUAUAUCGUCUCUCUAUUGACACACGUCGUCUAGGUAAAAUAUGGUGUGACAUGGUAGUAGGCAUACUAUCCCUCGAGAUAUCCACGUCCGCAACCAACACCCACCACCCCGUACCCAUCCCGUCGUGCUUUUCUCACAUUGAACAAUUCGAAUUCAAAGGAGAGGGCGACGAGACCGACUACGAGUUCGAAGAUAUGCUCGUGGCAAUUUCUCAAUUUAGCCCAAACGUUAAAAUACUCAAAAUUGCUUCUUGUUCGCAAUAUCUACUUCAACCGUUGGUUGAUUUAAUUGGAUCGCAACAAGGAAUCAACGAAUUAGUGCUAAAUAAUAUUCGCAUAGUGGGUACAUCGAUAUUCGAGGCCAUUGCCCAUCACAAAAAGACAUUGACACAUGCUGAAUUUCAUCGGUGUACUUUCAUCGAUUGUACACCAAUGACUGCUCUUGCGAAUUGUACCAGGUUGGAAAAUCUUAUAUUCGCAAGAAGUGGCGUCACUGGCGAGUUACUUGCUCCAUUGGGAUCUCCAUCGUCGUCUAUCACUCGACUGAGUAGACUGGUGUUGUUGGAUAUAUAUCCAUCUAAUGGUGACUCGGCAGAGUGGAUAAAUCUUGCCCAACAAGUCAACGCUAUUUUGCGUCGCACUGGAAAGACGAUCCGCGAACUGCGUACAAACGUCCAUUUAACUUACUUUCUCGACUUUGUCGAUACCAUAAUAUCGGAAUGUCCCAAUCUAGUUAUAAUAGAAAUGGACAUUCAAAACAUAGCUCAGAUACCGGGGAUAGUCACCCUCUUACGAAGUUGCAAGCAUCUUCAGACGUUCCGAGCAUCCAUCGACGGUUAUACUCAUAGUAAUGAUUCAGUUGCCGACGAUUUGAUCCACGAAUUUGCGCAAAUAAUUCUACCCCCUCUUCGUCGUUUGGAGGUGCGCAAAUGGAAAAUAUCUAAGCAAGGUUUAUUAUUUAAGUGUUUAAUAAGCAUGAAAGCUCCAGUGAGAUAUGUCUCAUGA